GUGACGUGCCUGACUCAUUGAGGGAGGGUAUGGAAAACAAAUUACUCAUGUUAAAUUUUUAUUAGUGCCCAUCUUUUUUCCUCACCAAAAUCGCGAGACACAGCACUGUGAAGAUCCUUCAUGCGCUUUACAGGAAGGCCCUUUUGGCCACUACAGUGUCAGGCGCUACCAGAAGGAGAUGCGAGCACUUGUCUCAACAGCCCAGAAUGUCUGGAGAGUUUUUGUAUCAGAAAGGAAGCCAGGCUGGAAGUAUCUGAUGCAGCUUUUUGCUGUUUGCUCUGCAGUUGGCUUCCUUUCAAGCCUUCUCUUCUUCCUUGGCAUCCGCUUCUCCCUGGCUCAACAGCCUCUGGGUCCCUUACUGAUUUCUGGCCUCAUCUGGAUCUCACUUUCUGUCGCGCUCUGCUGUUUCAAGCACCUGCGCUGCUUCAGCGCCCUGUUCCUUCUCUCCUGUGGGCUGCGAGAAGGAAGAAACGCCCUUAUUACUGCUGGUACAGGUGUCGUGGUGGCUGGCAAUAUCCAAAAUAUUUUUCACAACCUGAAGGUUCUGGCAGACAGUAUAACCUGCCAUUUAGAGUUUGAGCAAUUUGACUUGAUAAAAUAUUAUGUUGAGGCAAUAAAAUGGAUUUAUGAGGAGGCCAAGCGUUCCACUGAACUGCCUGAAGAUAUACUGUUGCUAAAUCAUGAGUUUACAUCAUCUUAUUCAAUUUUAGAUGAUGCAUUGAAACAAGAGCUAAAUGACACAAAACAAGAAAUCCAAAGAGUUGCUAACCAGAUAUCUUUUAUGCUGACUAUAUUGCCCUAUAUAGGCCAGAAAGUAUUGCCUAUAGUAGGGAUUUUUCUAGUUUCUUUUGGAACUGCCCUUUUUAUCAAAAAAUUUGUGGGCUCUCAUGGUGUCAAGUUUAAGAAUACUUAUAUCACAAAACAGUUCAUUGCAUUUGAUGAGCUUCAAAAGCAACAGCAAAGACCAGGCCUUCUGCCACUUAGCAAAAAAGAAAGAAAAGAUUAUGUGAUAAUUCCAUCUUUCUGCCUCACAAGGAAGGAGAGAAAACACAUACAGUAUUUUUUUCUCCCUGUAAUUGUUCAUCUUUGCAUCUGGCUUCUGUUUGCUGCAGUAGAUUAUUUGUUUUAUUGGCUAAUUAUUUCUGUGAAUAAACAUCUCCAAGAAUUACCAGAUCUGGAGAUUCAGCUCAGCCUCUUUCAGCAAAGGAAUGAGAACAACUUCAUCAUUGGGGUGAGAGAGUUUAUUGUAAAGAACGAUCCUUUCAAGAUCUCCUUGUUUAAGCACAACUGCAUCCCUCAACCAGAGCUCUAUCUUUCCACGACAUGGAUCCAGCUUGGAAUCAUCAUCUUCUUCUUAAUAUUUUCUGGGUUAUUCUCUGGCCUCCUGACCCAAUUUAAAAUACUUGUGUCAACCUCGUUCUAUCCUGAUGCUGAGAUAAAACGGAUACAUUAUUUGCAUGCAAAAUUACUCAAGAAAAGAGCAAAGCUACAACAGAAAACUGCGAAGAAUGCGUUUGCUAAAACGGUCAACUUUUGGUUUCCAAUACUCAAGGCAAGAGAGGUUGUGAGGAAGAAAGAAAUGACUGUGGUACAUGACAAUGUGGUGUGAAAGAGACAAAGUGAAUCUUUCGAUAAAGCUGAGACGCUGGAGCUCCACAGGUUCCUGUGCAUUGCAUCCAUCAUUCUUGAAAGUAUUUUCCUGAAGUAUUUCAAUCUUAAAGCAUAAAAAUAGGAUCACAGGCUAAUGGUCAGCAGUGUUUUGGAAAACUUUGGAAAAGAAGCCACAGGAGAUAGUGUACUCUCCACCACAGAGAGCUCUGGGUUGCAUUAAUAGCCAUUUUUCAGCUUGGGAUCUGCAUUGUCUGGUUCUUUAGAUAGCCAUGGAGGGUUUGUGUUUUUGUGCAGACGGAAUUGGAAGCUUGGAACUUCUAGGACUACAGAACAAACCUCUUUUGUUUGAGCUAACAGAGAACAUGAUGGAAGCAGCAGGUUUGUCUUCACACUUGCCAGACACUGAAAAUGGAAGACAAAGCAGAGGCUGUCCACUUGCUUUUGGGCUGGCCAAGAACUUCACCUAGUGGACUUAUAUGCUUCUUUCCCAUCCCUGGCUUUAUACACUUGUUCCAGACACUGUGGCUGUCUCUUCCACAAGGCCAAUGCUCUAUGCCCUGUCAGUCUCCUACCUCAGCUGAACUCUCCCCCCUGCCUCAGCUCCCCCAUUUAAUUUUUCCUAUUUUUCUCUCAGAAGUUUCUAACCCUAGUCUCCCCCUCUGACUUCCGCACUUGGUCUUAGUCUCCAACUUUCACAUGCUGGUAGACUGUAGCACUAGUGCAGAUUGUCCCAUAUCUUUGAUCAUAAUGAGAGAGGCAAUGUGUCAUGGGCAGAAGCAAGAAAGCUCAUAAGGGCGAGAAUACAAAGGAAUCAGGUGCAGUGGGUGCAAACAAGCUUGUUUUGAGGUGUAAGGACAUACAAGCAGAGAUGAGCAAUGCUUUGAAUUUUGCAGUCUGAAGGAAUUUGCAGAAGUGACAAAAACUGGCUUAGUAAUGGUGCUAAAGGCACCAUUGAUUUCAGAGAAAUAAAACUGAGCCAAUACUAAGUCCUUUGCCUUUUAAACUAACAUUGUUGAUGUAACCUUCCUAUAGCAUAAAAAUGGAAAAUCAUAAAGGCAUAGGAAUAGUUUACUGAAACGGUACCAGAGUUUUAAUGUAAAACUAAAACUCCCCCCAAGAUACAGCGUAUUCUUGAUUUUCAGCCACUGCCAACUUCCUUCUUUAGGUUGCAUAAGAUUAGCAAACUCUGUUCCUCUGUAAUAAGUGCAUGGUGCCAAGACAGCCAUUGAUAGACACUUCUAUUGUCUGAAUGAAUAAAGACUUUAAAACUUU